CGUCCUCCGAGCUCCGCGCCGUCAGCCGGCCGCGCCGCCCGGGCUCCGCUGAGGAUGGUGGGGGUAAAGCCGGUGGGGAGCGACCCGGAUUUCCAGCCGGAGCUGAGCGGGGCGGGCUCCAGACUCGCCGUGGUCAAGUUCACCAUGAGAGGGUGUGGACCAUGUUUGAGGAUCGCCCCAGCAUUCAGCUCCAUGAGUAAUAAGUAUCCCCAGGCUGUUUUCUUGGAAGUAGAUGUACAUCAAUGUCAGGGAACAGCUGCCACCAACAAUAUAUCAGCAACACCUACAUUUUUGUUUUUUCGAAACAAAGUGAGAAUUGAUCAGUACCAAGGAGCAGAUGCUGUGGGGUUAGAAGAGAAGAUCAAGCAGCACUUAGAAAAUGACCCUGGAAGUGGCGAGGACACAGACAUCCCCAAAGGAUAUAUGGAUUUAAUGCCUUUUAUUAACAAAGCUGGUUGUGAAUGUCUUAAUGAAAGUGAUGAACAUGGCUUUGAUAACUGUUUACGAAAAGACAUGACCUUCUUGGAAUCUGACUGUGAUGAACAGCUGCUCAUUACUGUGGCAUUCAAUCAGCCUGUGAAGCUUUAUUCCAUGAAAUUUCAAGGGCCAGGUAACGGUCAGGGUCCUAAAUAUGUAAAAAUUUUCAUCAACCUGCCCCGAUCUAUGGAUUUUGAAGAGGCAGAAAGAAGUGAACCGACUCAGGCUCUGGAAUUGACAGAAGAUGAUAUUAAAGAAGACAGCAUUGUUCCACUGCGCUACGUCAAGUUUCAGAAUGUUAACAGUGUAACGAUAUUUGUUCAAUCUAAUCAAGGUGAAGAAGAAACAACAAGAAUUUCCUAUUUUACUUUCAUUGGUACCCCAGUCCAGGCCACAAACAUGAAUGACUUCAAACGAGUAGUUGGCAAGAAAGGAGAAAGCCACUAAGGUACAGGACACACUGGAAGAUGCUGCAUUUGGCUGCAGCUCCUGGACAAGUGCUCAACUCCAGAAACUGACUCACUCAUGCCCUCACCAGUCCUCACUGCUUCUGUCUCCAGCUCCCGUUUAACCUUGAUACUUGUCAUUGUAAAUAAAAGUCACUACUUUUGCCAAGCUUAAA